GGACACACUGGAAGAAGUAAAUAAAGUUCUAGAGAACUUGAAAUGAAACACUUUGAGUAGAAGAAGGAGACAAAGUUCUAGAGAACUUGAAAUGGGGCACUUGGAGUGGAAGUAGAUAAAAUUCUAGAGAACUUGAAAUGGGACACUUGGAGUGGAAGUAGACAAAGUUCUAGAGAACUUGAAAUGGGACACUUGGAGUAGAAGAAGUAGACAGAGUUCUAGAGGAUUUAAAAUGGACACUUUGAGUAGAAGAAGUAGACAAAGUUCUAGAGAACUUGAAAUGGGACACUUGGAGUGGGAGAAUGUUAUAGACAAAGUUCUCAACGUUAAGAAGAACAUUCUGAUAGUCGGAACUGUUCAACAGUGUCCAUUCUCAAUUUCUGGAGGUCUGGAAGGCCAUCUGUUGGGAGGGCUUUGAUUGGGUGUCAUUUUUCAAAUUUUGUUCCAUCGUGCUAUCAACGUUCCACCGUCUCCUCCGUUGCCACCAGGACCAACCUUCUGUUAGCUCUAUGUUGUUGCUAUUGUUUGUUAAUGAGCAGCAACCUUGCAUGUUGCACAAGAGUUUGGAUGAAGGAGGCCUCACCCAGUUGGUGCAUAAUGUCGGGUGUGUUGACAAUUUCCUAAUUGAUAAGCCAUCUCCAGAAGAGCAUCCCGGAGAAAGUGAGGCAGAGAUACUUCAAGCUCGUCCACAGUGGUGCUUGUGUCGCCUGCCUUCGCUUUCCGGAGAGGAGGAAAUGGAGCUCCUUCCCGUCAUCUUGUGGUGGGCAGGAGGAGUUGUCGGGAUCAGCUACCUCUUGAUCCUCGCCUGGGCCAUUGCUUAUGAUUUCGCCAAGACGAGGAUAAACCCGGGCUUCGACCAUCCGUGGAAACUCCGAGCGCUUUACUGGAACUUCAUUAUGCUCUUCACGACAGCGAAGAUUUUGGAGUGUCUGGGUGUCUGCACGCAGCUGGCCUUCGUCCGCCUCAUGACGGAUCUCCGGAGGCACAAGGUCCCUCCCAACCUCUACACCAAAGACCUGGAUUUCGACGGCGUCGCCGUCCGGAUUUACCUCCACAAAACACCGAGUCCUGUCGGAAGGAAGGGAUUCGUUUUCUUCCACGGAGGGGCUGGGCUUGCCGGAAGCAUCUCUUCCUAUCAAAACAUUUGCAAUAGACUUGCCAACGAGAGCGGCUCGGUAGUGGUAUCUGUCGGGUAUCGUCUCUCUCCCGAAUAUCCGUUUCCCGCACAGUCCGAGGACUGCCACGCCGCGACGGUGCAUUUCAUGAAGAACGCCGAGGUCUACGGGGUGGAUCCCUCCCAGAUCGUCAUCGGCGGAGACAGCGCCGGAGGCAACUUCGCCACCAUGAUCGCCCAGAAACUGGCGGGGAGAUCGGACCUUCCGAAGCUGCGGGCUCAAGUCCUGAUCUACGCGGGCGUCCAAGCCAUGGACUUCACUCUACCUUCCUACCAACAGAAUGCUCGAAUGCCGUUCUUGUUCCGCGAGAACCUCGCUUACUACGGGUUGCAGGCUUUGGGGAAGGACCCUUCUCUGUCGGGCGACAUGCUGCGGGGGUCUCACGUUCCGCACGAGAUGAGGCUGAAAUACGAGAAAUACGUGAGUCCGGACAACCUCCCGGAGCGGUUCAAGCGCCGGGGCUACCGACCCGUCCCGCCGUCUCCGUUCAAGCCGGAAGCGUACGAGCAAUUGUCCGACAUCCUCGACGCCUCUUUCUCCACCCUUUUCGCCGACGACGCCGUCAUCCGACAACUCCCGGAGACGUUCAUCGUGAGCUGCGAGUACGACAUCUUGCGGGACGACAGCCUCCUGUACAAGAAGCGCCUGGAGGACAACGGCGUCAAAGUGGGGUGGUUCCACGCCGAGAACGGCUUCCACGGCGUGAUCAACUUUUUCGACUUGGGCUUUUUCUCGUUCCCACUCGGGAUCGAAAUACUGAGUCGCGUCGCCGAGUUUGUCAAGCAUUUAUGAGAUGCGUUCUCCCCGAGACGGUGGUAUAAAAUGGAUAAUAUUGAUAAUAAAAUUAAAUACAAUACAA